UUGUCGUCUGUCAUGUCAUGCAAGUUCGUGAAAAGUAUCGUGUGAUUCAGUCAUUUCUUAUUUUAUAUAAAUAAAAAAAUUCGCCGUGAUCAUAAAAUUUAGUCAGUGAUUUGCGAUUUUAGCUAGACUUUAAAUUUAUUUUAUUGCAUUAUACAAUGUCAACACCAGCCAGACGACGCCUUAUGAGAGAUUUCAAACGUUUACAAGAAGAUCCACCUACUGGUGUCAGUGGAGCACCGACUGACAAUAACAUAAUGAUAUGGAACGCCGUUAUAUUUGGUCCACACGAUACCCCUUUUGAAGAUGGAACCUUUAAGUUAACUAUUGAAUUUACUGAAGAGUAUCCAAAUAAACCACCAACGGUUCGUUUUGUUAGUCAUAUGUUUCAUCCAAAUGUAUAUGCGGAUGGAGGUAUCUGCCUAGAUAUUUUACAAAAUAGAUGGAGCCCAACAUAUGAUGUUUCAGCUAUAUUAACGUCUAUCCAAUCUUUACUUAGCGACCCAAAUCCAAAUUCUCCUGCGAAUUCAAUGGCCGCACAGCUUUACAAAGAAAACCGAAGAGAAUAUGAAAAGAGAGUCAAAGCAUGCGUGGAACAAAGCUUUAUCGAUUAGUUUGCCAGCUAAAAAUUUACUAAAUUCAAAACAAUUCACGUCACUGUGCUUCUUUCAAUUGUGUCCUUGAAUAGACAAGAAUGGUUUUUGAGUUUGUCCAAAGUUUGUUCCCAUAUACUUUUCUUUUGUAAGGUUUAGGAAGUUUUUAGAUGUGUUGCUUCACAACCUCUGGGAUGUUAAGAGUAUCUGAAAAAAAGCUUUUUUGUUAAAAUAAACAAUUGUGUUAAAUAAUAUUAAUGUUUGUCAUUAAGUUAUAAUUUUGGGCUUUUUUAAUCACACUUUCCGUACUGCCUACCUUCAUUCUUAGGUAGUUCUGUGUUAUGAUUAAAAUACUUAAUAAAUUAUUAUGUAUAGAA